AAAAAGAAGAGAGAGAGAGAGAGAGAAGGACAUUGACAAUAACAGAGGCAACAGAGGGAUUCCCCUCCCCACAAGAGAAUGAGGCGAAGACCUUCUCUGUUCCUCUACUACCGAACACAAAUCUUCAACUCUGCUCCUUAAUCUCCCAAAUUUCACGCUUUAUCUUUCUCUUUUCUAGUUCCUAGGGUUCCAUUUGCCCCUCAACUACAAGGUUCUAGGGUUCUGAAUUGGGGGUUUUCAUUUCUGAGAGAUGUGGGAUGCUCCGGGGAUUGAUGAAUCUGCUCUCUCUUUGUUGGAAGCCAUUCGGGCGUGGUGGUGAAAAUUUGAGCUCUGUUGGAGUCAUUGGAACCAAUUGUGGUGGCAAAGAUUCUAAGGAUAGCUUACUCUGGUUCUAUGAUUAUGGCAAGUAUGCUUCCGGUGAUUUUUCCAUGGCCGUCGUUCAGGCCAACCAGGUGCUUGAGGACCAGAGCCAGAUUGAAUCUGGUCCUUUUGGUACCUUCGUCGGAAUCUACGAUGGCCACGGCGGCCCCGACGCCGCUCGAUAUGUCUGCAACAACUUGUUUAGGCGUUUUCGGGAUGAAGAACAAGGAGUUGUGACUCGUGAAACCAUCCUGCAGGCAUUUCGUCGAACAGAGGAAGGGUUUACAACCGUCGUGUCAGAGUUGUGGAGUACUCGACCCGAGAUAGCAACAGUUGGGACGUGCUGUCUAGUAGGGGUGAUACAUGAGCAGACACUCUACGUGGCGAGUCUUGGAGAUUCUCGUGCUGUGUUAGGGAGGAAAGUUGGCAACACUGGAGAGAUUGCUGCCAUUCAGUUAUCAACGGAGCAUAAUGCAAAUCUUGAGGAUAUAAGGCAUGAAUUAAGAGAUAUGCAUCCAAACGAUCCUCAAAUUGUGUUUCAAAGGCGCGGAGUUUGGAGAGUGAAAGGCAUUAUACAGGUUUCUAGGUCCAUUGGGGAUGUCUAUAUGAAACAUUCUCGGUAUAAUACUGACAGAAUCAAUGCUAAAUUUAGACUUCCUGAACCGAUGAAUAUGCCUAUAAUGACUGCAGUACCCACGAUUCUUGCUCACCCUCUUCAUCAAAACGAUUCUUUUCUUAUUUUUGCAUCCGAUGGACUUUGGGAACACCUAACCAAUGAAAAGGCUGUGGAUAUUGUCCACAAUCAUCCUCGUGCAGGAAGUGCAAAAAGGCUUGUGAAGGCAGCCCUUCAAGAAGCAGCUAGAAAACGAGAGAUGCGGUAUUCAGAUCUUCGAAAGAUCGACAAGAAGGUUCGGCGUCAUUUUCACGAUGACAUUAGUGUUGUUGUUUUAUUUUUCAACCACGACCUUAUAUCCCGAAACCAUACCCUCCUAGAUCAGCCAUUAUCAGUCCGAAGUGCCUUCGAUCAUUGAUUCAAAUUUUUGUUGCUAAAAUAUCAACAAAGGAAAAAGAAAAAAGAACGAAGAAAAACCCUGUAAUUUGAACCUUAGAUACAUCCCAAUGCAUCCCAGAGAGCUUCUCUGAUACAUAUAUGGUCAUUUUUUU